GACGUUGCAUCAACGAGUACCUAGCAUGCUUGCUAAAUGCUUAAACCUGGUUAAUUGGCAAUGUUUAACUCCUUUUUGACCCCUUUCACUCCAAUUUCCUUGCUAGAAUGAAAUUUAAGUGAAAAUACAAUCUGUUUUGAUCUUUUAAACUCCUUUUGUAAGACUAUUUGUUUAUUAUUAAUUUUUCUGUCGUGGACAUCAUCCUUGACUGGAGGAAAUACAAGAAGCUAGAGUGGCUGUUUGGAGAUCCAGGGGGGAUGGAUCCUCUGGGUGCUCGCUCCCAGUUCAUUGACAUCCAGACUCUGCCGACUUGGCAGCAGCAGCUGGGUGAGGACGGUGAGGACACACCGAAACUCGACCAGAGCGACAGCCUGCUCAGCCAGCAGAGCUUCCCCUCACCCUUCCCUUACAGACCAGAUAUCAACCGCAAGAUCAUCCUCUUCGCUGGCGAUGUUGCUCUGCUGAACUGCACCGCCAUCGUGAACACAAGCAAUGAGAUGCUGACGGACAAGAAUCCAGUGUCCGACAGCAUCCAUCAAUAUGCCGGGCCCGAACUCCGAGACGAGCUGCUCCGAUUCAAAGGGUGUCGAACAGGGGAGGCCAAGUUGACCAAAGGCUUCAACCUGGCAGCAAGGUUCAUCAUCCACACGGUGGGACCAAAAUACAAAGCAAAGUACCGAACGGCUGCAGAGAGCUCGCUCUACAGCUGUUACAGGAACAUCAUGCAGCUGGCAGUAGAGAAGUCGAUGUCAUCUGUCGGUAUCUGUGUUGUGAGCACGACUAAGAGAGGUUACCCACUGGAGGAUGCCACACACAUCGCCUUCAGAACAGUUCGCAGGUUUCUGGAGAAUCAUGGAAACAGCCUGGAGGCGGUGGUCUUUGCUGUGUCUGAAACAGAGGAGCUGGUGUUUAAGAAGUUACUGCCUCUGUACUACCCUCGCUCUGAGGAAGAAGAGAAGGCCUUCCUGCCUCUCAUCCCAGCUGACAUCGGAAACUCUGAGGGUGAACCCGUCGUCCCAGAGAGACAGAUCCGCAUUGCUGAGAAACCGGGCACGCUGGAAGAUGACUCUGAAGAGGAGAGUCUGGAGUCAGACCUGGGUCAGGUGGGAACUCACGCUUUUGCCAGGAUGGAGGGAGACGUGGACAAACAGAGGAAACAGAUCCUGCAGGGGCAGAUGUCCGAGGCUGCGAUUCAGAAACAACACCAGAGAAAUUACCAUCGCUGGCUGUGCCGGGCGAGAGCGGAGGAUCUGUCAGACAUCGCUGCACUAAAAGCUUUAUAUCAGACUGGUGUGGACAUGUGUGGAAGGACAGUGAUGGUUGUGGUUGGUCGGAAUAUCCCAGUGACCCUCAUCGACAUUGAGAAGGCUCUGCUCUACUUCAUCCAUGUGAUGGACCACAUCACGGUCAAGGAAUAUGUCAUGGUUUAUUUCCACACCCUGACUGCAGAGCACAACCACCUGGACCCCCACUUCCUGAAGAACCUCUUCGACAUUGUUGAUACCAAGUUCAAAAAGAAUUUGAAGGCCUUCUACUUUGUACAUCCAACAUUUCGCUCCAAGGUUUCGACGUGGUUCUUCACCACCUUCAGUGUGUCUGGGAUAAAGGACAAGGUUCGUUACCUUGAUAACCUGCAGCAGCUGUUUACCUGCAUCAAACCGGAGCAGAUCGACAUCCCUCCAUUUGUCCUGGAGUACGACACCCGGAUCAACGGACCCCAGAAUCCAUCCCAGUCUUCAGGUCUGUGACAGGAGGUGUUGGGACGUCCCUCCAGGGUUUGACGAGGUGCUGUCAGUCUGCCAAAUGGAACCAGUUUAUGGACGUGGUGUUUCCAGUGUGGUCUGAACUCCUAACCUCAUCUCAAAGCUCUGAACCAUAGUGAGGGAAACUCUCCUUUUGUUCUGCUUCAGCCAAAAGGACAAAAUUAACAGGCUCAGCCCACAUUUAGCAGCGUGAGGCCUGCUGAGCGGUCACUCUCUUACCACAGGACUAUUUGUGGAUCUGGUUUGGUUUCUGGAUUAUGCCUUACACCGGGAGCUCUUACUCAGCAGUUUCCUCAAAAAUCCUGAAAUAUGAAGCGUAAUAUCACGUCUGGCACUUGUUCAAAGCCUUUUACAUCGUGCGGUCGUAUCAGACGUCCUCGCCCAUGUCUCAGAAUAAUGUCAGACUCUUCAAAUGCUGGAGGAAGAUGAGGUCUGUCUGGAUUCUUGUCUUGUUUGGGCCACACCGACAGGAUGUUAGAAACACAGGGUGAAGUUAGGACUAAUUCUGAAUUUUACACAGGCUAAAUGCUGGAAUUUCCCACCUGGUACUUCAUUAUAAAAACCUCUGCUUUCUCGUGCAGACACAAUUGGAAAACCCCCGAGAAUAAUUAACACCAUAAAACACUGCUACAUGUGCAACUGCCAAUUUCAUCCAGCUUGGUAUCAUAAAUCAUUCAUUAGAUAUCCCUAAAGAGUAAGUUUAUGCAGUGAAAAAAAACAAAAGAAGUAGCUCAACAGUUAGGAAAAACAUUCUUAUAUGACUUCUUGAUUUAAUCACAUAAGAAGACUGUUACCACUGUCACAUUUGCUUGCCAAGUAUGAAGCUGUAUCCAGAUGACUUUACUGAAAGUUAGGCACAAAUCUUUAACACUGGAAGAACAACAAACUCUUAAUGGAAUCACAACACUUUUUUAUUGGUUCUUAUUGCACAAUAAAGGUUUGGCUUGCUGGACAUAUCUUCUGACCUUACAACAGGAAAAGCGUCAUGAACUGACAAAAGUCAAACCUUACCAAAUGUAUUUUUUUAAUUUCUUGUGAAAAAUAUCAAACUACAUUGGUUUUGUGUGGAAAAUGAGUAAUCUCAGUGGGGAAAAAAAACACAGCUGUGGACACAGCUUCUUUUUAAGCUUCAUGUUAAAUGUACAAAUAUGACAGUGGUAUCUAUUAAUCGGAAAUCAUGUCCAUAAAUGUUAACCUUUAUGGUGUAUUUAAAAUGAAAAAAAAAUGCUAUUCAUGUUGUAAACAUGCAUCAGAUAUCAUUAUCACAAACAUCUUGCUUUAAUUUCACAUUAAGUUCAAACCCUUCAAGCCUCUCUGUUGCUGUUUCACACUGAAACAAUUCAAUAAUUGACCAGACAGUUUACAGAAAAUUAACCUUUGUAAUUUCAUGAUUGAUUGAUUAUUUAUCAGACCCUGAAUAUUCAUUUGCUGAGUACACAUUUUGCAUUUUGUUUAUUUUUAAUUUUUGUUGCACAGAGAAUUUUGAAUGCAGGGCCUUUUUGGCAUUAUGGGCAUUUUUAUUUCUUUACAUUUUCUAGAUUAAACAAAAAAAGAUGUAUUUAUGAAACAAAUCAAUCAAAUAUUAGAGAAGAAUACAGUCAGCUGCUGCCUUAACAAUAUGAGUAGGAAAACUUGUGCACAAGAAUACCUAACAAUUGUAAUUCACCUUUCCUCAGGCUCCUGUUUCUUUUAGAUUUUUGACUGCAGAUCUCGACAAGGCAGUCAUGAGAAUAUUUAUAUAAUAACACAAUGUCCACAUACUGCACCAAUAUAUUGCCUAUUUGUCAUUGCUGUCACUUGUCUUCUACACUGUUAAAUUUGUCUUAUGAAGUGUUUUCACUCACAUUCAGCUGCUUUGCGUCACCCUUCAUUUGAAAUAUUGUCUCCUAAAGACACUAACAAAAGAAGGAAAUAAUGCAAACUUGAGAUUUAAAAUCGGUAGAAAUAGCUGGAUCUUCUUUCCAAUAUCCACUAAAUCUGCUUGGAUGAAUUCAUAAAUAUUUGCCUGCAAAGAAAGAAAAAUGAAUCAAGGUUUUUGCAUAAAAGCAUUAGACAUUUUCUGGUUCCAGCUUAAAAACCCAGAUUUGUGACCUUUUUGGGGGGGAAAAUAGACAGUAAAUGAAUAUACAUUUGUUUUAGAUGUCCUGGAUGGUCAAAAGAAGAACAUGAAGACUGAAAUUGUGGCCAACAUUUUACAUUUUCUUCAAUUGAAGACAAAGCAGUUAAUCAAUUAUCUUAAAAAUAAUAGGCAGAUUUAAAGAUAAUAAAUGCUCAUUUGUUUUUGGUAGGGUUGCAACUUUUGACAACUUUUAGCAAUGAUUUAACAAUUUUUUGUCAAACUGUAAUGUCUCAAAACAGAAAAAGAAUGCCACCAGGCCUAAAAGUUUGUCUUCAGUAUGCAUUUAAAAGAUGGUAAAAGAAUCAUAAAUAUAUUCAUAUUACUAAUGCAUAUGAAAAAUGAAAGCAGAAAAUCCAUUUAUCCAAGAAGAACAAGGAAAUGGUUUUCCCAAUCAAUUGAGCUCCAUGGCAACAUGUUUCAUCCUCAAUGCAGCAUGAGAUUCUUUUUUAUUUAUAGUUUAUUGUUAAAAUGAGCGCCUAUUUCUUAUUCGUAGUCACUAACAUGCAUCUUUAUUUGCACAUUUAACUCAUCUUCUCUUGGUGUUUUCACCCUGCAUGAGUAGUUUGAUUGAACUUGGUAGAAGGGUUUACUUUAGUCAGGUGAUCACAGAUCAAUCUUACUGAAACAAACUUUCUUUAACAUUCCCAUCUUGUGUAAACUUUCACACAAACUCUGAAGAGGAACACUAUCACAAAAUGUUAUUUUAAACGUGAACGUCUGUCUUCACCUCGUUCUGUCUGCUGUAUUUAAUCUAAACAUCAGUAAUCUGAAAAUCUUUAGCCAUUUCAGCCCCAGCCUCUCACUGCUCAUCAUAAAUAUUAAACGUUCUUACUAACAAUUUUAUCAUGAGCUUUAAAAUCCUGACACAGAAGCAUGUAUGCACGGUUGGAUAUCACAUCCGCAACCGAGUUUAGCUGGAAAUUGUAACUCAAGUGAUAUUGUAAUGUGUAAAUCUAACCAGCUGGGAGACUUGUCAGGCCAGUUUUUCAAGGACAUUUCGGUUUAAAUCAAUAACAGCCAAUCAACAUGUGUAAAAAUUCAACCAAGCAGCAAAACAGUCUUUAAAUCUUAAUUUCUUCUUCACCACAACUGAAAAAAUGCCUGUCAUUCAUGUACAAAAAUUGAGAUCAGCCUGAAUCAGUCAUGAAGACAACUCUGGAGAGCAUUUAAUGAAACUACAGUCUUGUUUUCUCCCUUUAAUGUUGUAUUAUUGUUCAUCAGGAAUGUACAUAAAUGAUGAGCCAAAUAUUAGUGUCCUGAAAUGUUUAUUUUUCAUUUUGUUUUGUAUGAUUUUAAGUGAUGAACUUGGAUGAUUGUCCAAAACUUCUGACACUUACUGGAACUCAUGUUCACACUUUUUGUUCUUUUUUUAUAAACACUGAUUAAAAUGAUUUUCCUCUGUUAAAAUAAAAUGUAAAAAUAAAAUAUCUGAAAAAAG